GCUACCUUUCUAAAUUAAAAUGGACAGUGCUUUUGAAAACCUGGAUGCAGCUGGUUUCCUGGAAAUCUGGCAACACUUUGAUGCAGAUGAUAAUGGCUACAUUGAGGACAAAGAGCUUGACGACUUUUUCCGUCACAUGAUGAAGAGACUGGGUCCACAGGAGAAAGUGACUGAAGAGAGAGUCCAGAGACUGAAACAAAGGUUUAUGUCCGCCUAUGAUGUCACUGCUGACGGGAAACUACAGAUUCAGGAGUUGGCCAAUAUGAUUCUCCCUGAGGAUGAGAACUUCCUGUUAAUUUUCCGCAGAGAAGCUCCUCUUGACAACAGUGUUGACUUCAUGAAGAUAUGGAGAAAGUAUGACGUUGACUGCAGCGGCUACAUAUCUGCUCAGGAGCUCAAAGCCUUCCUGAAAGACCUGUUCCAACAGCACCAAAAGGAAGUAUCAUCUGACAAGCUGGAGGAGUACACAGACACAAUGAUGAAAAUCUUUGACCAAAACAAGGACGGCUGUUUGGAUUUGAACGACUUGGCCAGGAUCUUGGCUUUAGAUGAGAAUUUCUUGCUCCAGUUCCAGAUGGAUGCCAGCAGUAAAGAGGAGAGAAAGAGAGACUUUGACAAGAUCUUUGACCAUUAUGAUGUUAGUAAGACAGGAGCACUGGAGGGUCCUGAGGUGGACGGCUUUGUCAAAGACAUGAUGGGGCUGGUCAGGCCCAACAUCACGAGCUCUGAGUUGGACAAGCUGCGAGCCGUACUGCUGCGUCACUGUGACGUCAACAAGGACGGAAAGAUCCAGAGAAAUGAGCUAGCUCUGUGUCUGGGAGUCAAACCUAAAGCUUAGUUUUAUUUAUUAAUUGAGUUUUAUUAUAAUAUUAUAUUAUGAAACACUGAAUCUCUUUAUUGUAUAGUCAAUAAUGGUACUAUAUUGUGUUUUGAUCCAGAUCAUUACUGGGUUAUUUAAGGUUAAUGUUCAUAAAGAGUUAUUUGAUCCUGAUUCUGAUUUAAAAAAAACAAAACACAAUUUGAAACUGUGUGGUGAAAAUCUAAAUUAAAUGACUGAAUUAAAUGACACUGUUUUUUGCGUAUGUUGUACGUCAAAGAGAAAAGAACCAGAUGUGAAUGUUUUCUGGCUAAAAUGUCUGUGCUGUAAGAUUUGUGGUAUAUUAAUGAGUUUGUUAGUUGGUGGACAAUGUUAGCAUAGCUUUGAAAAAAAUGUUUUUCAUUGUCAUAUAAACUUGUCUUCUUUUUAAUUUGGUGCUGGAGUAUGUUGGCCAUUAAUGUCGUUUGGCUCUUUGCAUGUUUCUCUGCCAAAGAAGGCUCAAAUACAGCAUGUUGUUGUAAUUUUAAUAUAAUGCGCAUUUGAGGAAAUAAAACAAUGACGUGUGAAGACCA